CAGAGGUGAUUGCGUCCUUAGUUACCAAACAUUUAGCGGAAAAGUCUUUGACUGUAGUUAGUUAUUUAAUGGUUACAAAUACACCCUUGUAACUUUAGCAUUGAAGGACUGCAACAACAAAAAAAAAAAAACACACAUUAUGGAAAUCACCAGAGGCACUUUAGAUGACAUUUCCCGACCUGCGUCGAGCGAGCAGACAGCUACCCGCGUGUCCAGCGUAUCAUUACCUCAAAGUGACAGAAUUUGUCCUACAGCUCCAUUUUCCCUUGUUGUUUUGCCCAGCGAUGCUCCUGAUGCUCAGAUUCCGAACAGCUCUGAAGAGACUACAGUCCACUCAUCAGCCACAUGUCCUGGCAAAGAUCAGUUUCACGCUGAUGCUUCCGAGGGAGAGAAUGGACAUUUUAACCUGCAGAGAGCUAUUGAAGAAAUGAAAAGACUCGAUGACAUACUGUCUGCAAAAAUCUUCAAACUAAAAGAAGUCCGGCGACAAAGAAAGGAAUUUCAAGCAAAACUCUGGCAAGAGUUCAAGAAUAAACCUGAAGGUCACUCUGGAUGUGAUCAGGAAGCUUUGAACACAAGGUUGUUUUUGGCUUUGGAAGCACCCGAAGGAACAGAUGAGGACAACAACGUUAUACCUGUGUUUGACACUCAGAUUCCUGAACAUGAACAGAAUGGAAACAACCAGCACUUGGAGCCAAGUAGAAAGAGGCCAGACAGCUUGACCAGAUCAUUUGAAGGAGAUUAUGAAGACACUAGGGAAGACCAAUUUGAAAGCAGCCACUCUGGAGAUUCCAAAGGCAUGAAUAAACACAAGGACUUUGUCAAGAAAAACAUUGAGCUUGUAAAUGGCGAAGGAGGUGAAGUGCUUUUGACCCAGGCAGAGAAAAGGCGUCUGGCUGAGCUCCUCCGAGAAAUAGAUGAAGAGGAAGACGACACUGCCAGAGGCGCAGACAGCAAGGAGACCAUGUGGGCCGUGUCUGUCCCCACAGUCCAGGGUUACACCCCGGAGCCCUCUGACCUGGAGCAGCUGAUUGACAUUGACUCCAAAAUUGGCCUUCUCCUUCCUGUGGAAGAAUUUCACUCUGUGCACAGCUCAUACACCAACUUAACCAUGUCACAGGGCCUUGGCUCGGAGGUUAGUUGGAAGUGCGAUGGGGACCCGCAGCCAGGAGAGAAGGUCCUGCAGGAUAUAAAGGAGAGGAGAGGGCAGGAGAGGCGGCUCCAAGAGAUCCAACGGCAGCUGGAGCUCCUGGGUCAAAGCCAAGAGAUGACUAAUGAGUCUCCGGACCUGACUGAGGAACAGUUACUUUGCCUGAUGGAUGGAUGUGAGCUGGCAGAAAGUUGGAGCCAGGACCUUGAAAUGAAUGACUCAUCAUAAAGACCUGAAAAAAUGAUUUGACUGCUACCAGAUGGCAUCAUUUCUGGGACUUAUUAAUGAUUUUAUGUGGUUAGACUUUGGCAUUAGAUCUCUGAUGAUAGAACAGUCUCUUCAUUUAUGUACUUACCAAAUUAAAGCCACCUGGGGGAAGUCGUGUGCCCAUGUUUGUGAUAUAUGACAUCCCUGGCCUGUGAGGACGUGGACGCUGGGCUUCUGGGGUGUCUUGAUUUGACACUUCUAAGGUUUGGGCUUGUUGCAGCACAACACAUGGAUGCUUGAUGGGAUUAAGUGCAGGGAGUUUGAAGAUCGGGUCAAUGCCUUGGGCUCUUGGUCAUGUUCCUUGAUGUGUUCUUGAGCAUUGUUUUGCAGUGUGGCAAGGGGCACAAAGGUGGGAUACCGUUCAUGGAAAAGCCAGAGAUUUUAAAUGUUGUCUUGUAAUGAAGUCAUCAAUGAUAUACACGUCUCCUGUCUAUUGUUUUUAUGUUGCAGCUGAUCAGUGUAUAGCAGCAUAAACUGCCAGAUAUUUUAUUUACAAUGUGUUAAAAGUGGAAAAAUUGUAGUUUUCAAAUUUGGUUAAUUUAGGAUGGGAACUGUUUUGUUUUUUUGUUUGGGUUUUUUUUAUCCUAAUUGGUCUGCAUGUUUUGGACAUGUAGCUCGAUUAUAACACGGUUUUUAUUUGUGUUUAUAUGUCUGCAUGAGGAAACAGAGCAGCAGGGCCAUGCUUUCUAUUAACCAAAGUAUCAUAGAUCAGAACAGAAAAUUGCUGUCAUUAAAUCUAAUAACGGGGUGCUGUAGCCGCAGAAUGUUCUAAUGCACACAUAAACAUCAGCUUAUAGCAGCGGGUCUGUGGGGGUGAACUCUGAGCGCUGCCGUGCAUUAAAGCUUUU